AUGCGCUUUGGGUUUUCCACUUGUGUCGCCCUUCUGGCAUUCCUGCCACUGUUGGCUUCGGCGAAAACGAUUCCAACAGCUGUCACGGCCAGCAAGGCGUUUCUGUCCAAAAGCAGAGUGUUGACACCCGAGAAUCGUCCGUCUCUCGACGAAACUACUAGUUUUAAGGAUGCAACUUCCACCAAGCUGCCUUCUCGCGGGGGUGCCUGCAGUGAUGCCGAUUCCACGGUUUUCUUCAAGGUAGCUGCCAGUGCCGCCUUUGAAACCGCUGCCCUCUUGACUGUGUUUUAUGCUGGAAAGGAAGUUGCCGAAAACACCAGUAUCGGGGAGAUUUUUGGUCUGCCCAUCUCCUAUUGGGCAUCCAUUCUAUUUGUGGUCUUUGGUUCCAGCUUCCUCGGCAGUUUUGUGGACGGUGGCAUGAGCGUUGCAACGCAGCAAGCCUUAGACCCGAAUGUCGUUCCUGGUGACUCGAAUUGGUACGCCAACCUCAAGAAACCCUCUUGGAAUCCUCCUGGCUUUGUCUUUCCCAUUAUGUGGCUGCUUGUUAGCAAGCCAACUCAGGCCAUGGCCCUUUCAAAGCUUUUCAAAGCCAGCGAAGCGAUUCCGUGGGAUGUUUUGGCCUUGUACUGUGGUCACCUUUCGCUUGGUGAUGCCUGGAACAAGGUUUUCUUUGGUUAUCAAUGCACGGGAAAGGGGGCUGCGGUAAUUACUGUUUUCUUUGCAGCUCUCCUAAGCAGUGCUUACCUGUUCUUUGGUGUUGACCAAGAAGCUGGGAAGUUCAUGCUUCCUACCUGUGGAUGGGUUUUCAUCGCAACAUGCCUCAAUUGGAACAUUUAUCUGAACAACUAAUGGGCUAGCUAGGCUUACUGGUAAUGCGGGAUAUUGUAGAAGAGAUGAUUCUUGAACCGU